AUGGUCGCUACCGUUGAGAUUCCUCAGCACUACACUGCCUCGCCUUCGUCGCACAUUGGCACCCCUCAGUUGACCAUCAACAAGGAGGCUACCAUUGAUCUCGACUCGACCAACUCUUUUGAGGGUCCCGAGAAGCUCCUGGAAGUAUGGUUUAGCCCUUCCGCUACCGACCUGCCCGGACAGGCCGGUCCUCUUGGACUGAAGAAGGUGUCUGCCGAAGUUUGGAAGGACAUGCUUGACUUGGUCAACUGCAAGGUUCUUUCCGUCAUCGAAUCUGAACAUGUCGAUGCAUACCUCUUGUCCGAGUCGAGCAUGUUCGUCUUCCCUCACAAGGUUGUGCUCAAGACCUGUGGUACCACGACUCUGCUCUGGGGUCUUACUCGCAUGCUGGAGAUUGCCGUCGAAGCUGGGUUCCCCUUCGUCGCCCCAAAGGCGUCUGGAGUUGCCCCAGCUGCCACCCCGUACCGCGUCUUCUACAGCAGGAAGAACUUCCUCUACCCCGACCAGCAGCGCGGACCCCACCGCAGCUGGCGUGACGAAGUUCGUUACCUCGAUGACCGCUUCCAAGGUGGCAGUGCCUAUAUGAUUGGCAAGAUGAACGGCGAGCAUUGGUACCUUUACAUCACUGGUCCCGACACCAGUCUCACCCCACCUCCCAGCCCAGGUGAAGAGAGGCUUGCACCUGAUACUGAGACCAAGUUUGUCAGCCACCCUCAGCGCCUCCUGCGCGAGCAAGCCACCGAUGAAGAAGAAGACGAGACUCUGGAGGUCCUGAUGACCGACCUCGAUGAGAAGAACGCCCGUCAGUUCUAUCUAGAGGACGCAAGUGCGGUUGCGGAAGGUCGCUACAUUCAGAGGGCUCGCGAGGCUCGCAAGAACGCCAUCCAAUCUCUUGGCACCAUCUCUGAAGAGCAUGCUCAGAGCGAGAGCCUUGGUGGUUCUACCGUCCUCAACUCAGCUGCCAACACGCACGCCUCGGAUGAUGACAGCUUCGACGUGUUCGAGCAGACUUCCUCUGACCACUCUGGCUUCAACUCUGACGAGGAACUUACGUUCCCUGAGGAGCUGACCACUGAGGGUCACACGCUCGGCACGGUUGUCUCUGAGCACUGCGGUCUGGCUGACGUCUACCCCACCACCAAGUACCCCGAUGCCCGCAUCGACGCUUACUUGUUCACACCCUGCGGCUUCUCCGCCAACGGCGUCAUCCCCGCUCCAGGUGGCGCCCCCAACGGCUCCAAGAAGGGCUCCGAUGCCACGCACUACUUCACCGUGCACGUCACGCCCGAGCCGCAGUGCUCCUACGCCUCCUUCGAGACCAACGUCCCCGCCCGCCAGACUGGUCGCGAGACUGCCGAUGUUGUCGAGCACGUCGUAGGCAUCUUCAAGCCUGGUAGAUUCAGCGUCACCCUCUUCGAGGCCAAGCCCACUGCUGAUGACUACCCUGGCAAGAAUGUCGACAAGGCCAAGCGCAUGGAAACCAUUCCCGGUUACCGUCGCGUUGAUCGUAUUGUCCAUGAUUUGGAUGGGUAUGAUCUUGUGUUCAGGUACUAUGAGAGGGAUGACUGGAAGGGUGGGAAGCCUAGGCUUGGGGAGCUUUACUGA